AACCAAUAUGUUAUCAUACAUCGCGGAUCUGCAAAUGAAGGUUUUUUAUGAAGACGAUGUGGUAGCGAAAGAAUGGCCAAAACAUCCGGGUAUCAAAAAGAACAAUGUACUGAUCAACUCCCUUCUCACACGCCGUCGUUCAGCAAUACACCUUACAGGAAACAUUAAGAAUGGCGUUCUACAGUGGUCAUCUGAAAUGUCCGAAGGAACGCUGUCUCAUUUGAAUGAUGUGAUAUAUGUACAAAAUGGCGGAAUGUAUGUUGUUUAUUGUAUAAUCCGUUUCAAAAAGGAUGCUUGUGGACCAGAGGGGAAAGUAGGCUAUACUAUUAAGCAUAGGAGUGAUAUGGGUCCAGUAGUACAAAUUGCGUCCGUCUACAAGAAUUGCUUCAACGAAACAUACUAUGACACCGAACUCUUCAUUCAAAAAUCAUUUAAACUAUCCGUCGGACAAAACAGUGAAAUUUAUUUUGAUACCGGUAAUCUGGAAAACAAUCUCAUUGACAAGGACAGUCAACAAUCGUUCGGUGUGUUUGAACUAUGAUCUCGUGCCUAUUAGUUUUUUUGUAUGUGUAGUGUCCAUUAUGUCUGAAAGAAAUGUUCAUAAAUCUUCUCAAUGCUUUUUUUGAAUAUGCUAUUAUUUAAUUCUUUUUUUUUUAUAUAAACAUGACUAUUAUUUUGACUUGUAUUACACAUGAAUUUCUUUUUUUUACACCCUGUCCUUAAUAACAGGGCUCAACAAAAGACAUUCAUUUUAAUUGUAAUAUUUCAUGUGUGUAUUUAUUCAUUUCAAAUUUGAAUUUUGAUAUAACUUUAAAUAGUAUAGUGUCAGAAUACCAUACAUCUCAAGGUUGACUGCAUACCCAGGGUUGCAAUAGCCUAUAGUUAGUGGUUAAGGUACCGAGGGAUCGUGGGUUAAUGUUGCCCAAAAC